AUGGAUUGGGAUUGGCUCGUUAGGAGUGAUGAGAUACGAGAUAUUUUGUAUGAUAUUAGUGAAGGUGGCCAGCUCGCUCAAGAUGGAGGUGAUGUUUUGCACUCUGAUGACGAUGUGUUCGAUAUCAACAGUGAGCUGGACGACACAUUAUUUAGUGGCGUUACAAGUGUACAAAAUACAGACUCAACGAGUGUUAGUGAUGUGAACAUGGAAGACCAAACUGACGAUGGAUAUGCUUCGCCACCCCAAAUCGGUGAUAGGCCUGCUGUACCACCUUGUGCACAGCAAACUUAUGACUCAAAUCUUUGCCUCAUAUGUAAGUGGUGUCAUCUUGAUGAUUUUACUCCUAAUGCAUUUGAUUUUGACUCGUCCCAAUCUGGCUUGACUUUAGGCCCAGACAAACUAGAGCAAGGUAAAGAAAUAGAUUUUUUUCACUAUCUAUUGGACCACGAUCUUGUUGCUCAUAUUGUUGCUGAGACAAACAAGUAUUGUAGAGAAUAUGUAAAAGGAAAUCGAAAUUUGCCAGAAUACUCAAAAGUAAAGCGUUGGGUAGAUACUACUCCAGAUGAGUUGUAUUGUUUUUUUUGCACUCUCAAGUCAUUUUGGGCAUGGGCAAAGGAUCCACUUUUAUCAACACCCAUAUUCUCAAAAGUAUUCAUCCAAGACUGUUUUUUACUGUUGCUGCGUAUGUUACAUUUUGACGACAGCCUUGGUCAAGGGGGUGCUGACAAGCUUUAUAAAAUACGAACCGUAAUUGAGACAGUUAGAUGGAAGUUUUUGUCUAGCUACGUUCCUGACCAAGACCUAGUAGUCGAUGAAAGUUUGAUGCUAUGGAAGGGAAGGUUAUGUUUCCGACAGUAUAUACCCAAUAAACGGAAAAGGUUUGGUGUCAAGCUUUAUGUUUUGUGUGACUGUAAAUCAGGCAUCGUUCUUGAUUUUCUGAUCUAUACUGGAAAGGGCACCCAGUACACAGAAACACAAAGUAGUAAAAACCAUGAUGCAACCUUUUUUGAAUAA